UGAGUCUGACUUUUAGCAUUCUUUCCUGACAGGAAAUUUGGAAGCCGAUGACUGUUUCCGGGGGGAGCGGAGAAGAGGUGCUCACUUCCGACGGAAGGAGGCUUUUCUGGAGGGAUGGAGGAGGCGGAGGAGCUGCUCUCCGAGGGCGAGAGACUGCAGCUCGCCCCUGACCCGCGCCUGGGCCCGGACUUGGGAUGGAUCCCUCCUGGACAAGGCUGUGCUCAGGGCCUCAAGGACUUCCCGCCCGGGCCGACCCGGGCCGUCCUGGCUCUAAAGAGCCUCCCCCGGGGCUUGGCCCUUGGCCCUUCAGUCGCCGAGGAGCAGCGCUUAGGGGUCUGGUGUGUCGGGGAAGCCCUGCAGCCGGGACUGCUCUGGGGGCCGCUGGAAGAGGAGUCUGUAUCGGAGCAGAAGGAUGAAGGAGCGAAACCACGGCAGGAGGAGGACGUGUCACUAGGCCCAUGGGGAGACGUGUGUGCUUGUGAGCAGAGUUCAGGCUGGAUCAGUUUGGUGCAGCGGGGCAGGCUGGAAAGUGAGGGGAACGUGGCCCCGGUGCGGGUCAGCGAGAAGCUCCAUCUGCAGGUGUACCAGGUUGUACUGCCAGGCUCUGAGUUGCUGCUGUGGCCCCAGCCUCCCUCUGAGGGCCUGAGCCCCAUCCAGCCCAGACUAGAAGAAGAGGUAGCCAUGGCUGUGGUGACAGAAGCGGACUCUGCUGUCCAACGGGAGGUGGACUCCCCAGGGCAAGAUGCAGCAGAACCUUGGGCAGAUCCUGGUCACCAGUCACCAACCCCCAGCAUCCAGGCAGAGAGUAUGGUAAGCCCUGGACUUAAGCCCCAAACCCAGGAUCAGCUUUCCAAGGAGAGCCAACCACUCGGCCUGCCCCCUCAGGAUGGCAGCGUGGAAGAGGAGGACCCAACCCAGACACAGGUGCCACCUGAACCUCCGAGCAGCUCUGCUCCCCAGCAGGGCCCAGAGAGCAGUGAGGCCGGUUGCUCACCUUCUGCCAGGGGCAGCCAGCUGCAUGCUUACCUGGUCAAGAAGUUACAUAGCCCCAGUGGUCAGUGCCCACCCAGAGAAAAGACCUCGGAGCCCAGGGCCCAGCAGGCUGGAGAACAGCAGGGGCCAGCAGGCUUCCCUGCACGCUUGCGGAGCCCUGCUGGCCCAACAGGAAGCUCCCCGAAACAGAGGCGGCGGUACCGGUGUGGGGAGUGUGGCAAGGCCUUCCUGCAGCUGUGCCACCUGAAGAAGCACGCGUUUGUGCACACAGGCCACAAACCCUUCCUUUGCACUGAGUGUGGCAAGAGCUAUAGCUCAGAGGAGAGCUUCAAAGCCCACAUGCUGGGCCACCGUGGGGUGCGGCCCUUUCCUUGCCCACAGUGCGACAAGGCCUAUGGCACCCGGCGAGACCUCAAAGAGCACCAGGUGGUACAUUCAGGUGCCAGGCCCUUUGCAUGUGACCAGUGUGGCAAGGCCUUUGCCCGCCGGCCCUCCCUGCGGUUGCAUCGCAAGACCCACCAGGUGCCAGCUACCCCUGCCCCAUGCCCAUGCCCCGUGUGUGGGCGGCCCCUGGCCAACCAGGGCUCCCUGCGGAACCACAUGCGGCUCCACACGGGGGAGAAGCCCUUCCUGUGCCCACACUGUGGCCGGGCGUUCCGCCAGCGGGGCAACCUGCGUGGGCACUUGCGGCUGCACACAGGGGAGCGGCCUUACCGCUGCCCGCACUGCGCUGACGCCUUUCCCCAGCUGCCUGAGCUGCGGCGCCAUCUUAUCUCGCACACUGGGGAGGCCUACUUGUGUCCCGUGUGCGGGAAGGCCCUUCGAGACCCACAUACAUUGCGUGCUCAUGAGCGUCUGCACUCAGGGGAGAGGCCGUUCUCAUGCCCCCAGUGUGGCCGGGCUUACACGCUGGCUACCAAGCUGAGGCGCCACCUCAAAUCCCACCUGGCCGACAAGCCCUACCGCUGUCCUACCUGUGGCAUGGGCUACACCCUCCCGCAAAGCCUCAAGCGGCACCAGCUCAGUCACCAGCCUCCCGCUGCUUCUGAGCCCACUGUGGUAUUAUUGCAGACUGAGCCAGAACUAGACACCUGCGGGGAACGGGACGUCUCCCCAGCCCGGGAUGUCUUUGAGGUCACCAUUUCUGAGAGCCAGGAUAAGUGCUUUGUGGUACCUGAGGAACCAGGCCCCACUUCCAGCCUGGUGCUCAUCCAUAAGGAUAUGGCCUUUAGUGCCUGGGCAGAAGUGGUGGAGGUAGAGAUGGGCACCUGACCACCCCCCCCAGGGGAGUUCUAUAUAAAGCUAGUGUUUUCUAGCUGCUGGGUGUCUGCGUCUUUCUCUUUGGGUUGCCUGAUGGAGGCUACUCUGAGAAGCAGAUCAAGGAUUUCCCUUCCUGUUCAUGGACCACCACAUUGUUUCCCAAGACUGUAAGGAAAACCUGUUCCGGGUUUAAGAACUUCUUACUGACUUCCUAUAGAGCUUGUUCUGCUUUCUUCUCCAGGAACUCCUCAAGGUGCUCGUUCUUUAAAUGUGUUGGAAGUGCCCCCCCCUCAGGUAGUCCUGGAGCUGCCCUGGUGGGCUGCUUAGUGCUGGCAUCAUCAUUCCCACUGAGCCCCCUGAGGGACAAGCACUUCCAUCUUGAACCAAAUGGAAUGACUUGAGGGUUAAAAGGCCAGAGGCUGAAAAAAAAAAAAAAAGACCAGAUGCUGAGCUCAGCUCACAGCUCUCAGUUCUAACUUGGGCUGUAGGUGGUUUGGGCAGCCUUUCUCACCGUCUGAGGGCUGUGACGUUGGUUUUCUUUCUGUGCUGACAGACACCAGACUCACUGAAGGCAGCCAAGGACAGAUCUGGAGCCUUCUGAAGACCUGACCAAAGGCAGCCCUAUUGAGGGAAGGAACGAAUACAGGUUUUGCAUCAGUGGUGGGCCUGGGCCACCCUGGGUGCUGGGACGCAGCUGUGAGCCAUACCGGGGUGACGUCCUUUACAGAGCUCAUGAUCUAGGGCAGGAAGCGUUGGACAAGAGUUUGCAGAGGAUCUGUAGCUAGUGCUACGUGGACGUGUUACAUGGGAUGGUUUGGCUUGGUCUGGGGGCAUCAGGGACAGUGUCCCCAAGGAAUCAUAAUGAUAAACACUCAGCCCUUUUUGUGGGCCAGUUCUUCAUGUUUGUUUAUAUAAUCUUCAUAGCAGCCCUGUGAGGUCGGUGGUUGUAGUAGUAGUCUGGUUUUACAGAUGAGGAAACAGCUUGAAGUGUCCUGCUCAAGGCAACAGUUCCUAGGUAGGUAGCAGAGCCAAGACAAACUCUCACAGUCUCAUGCUGGCGUAAGGCUGUUAACCCCGGCGCUGCAGCCCUGUAUCUCAGCCUGAUCUGCUGGGUGGGAAGGGGGAGGCGCCGGGGGCUGCUUUGGGGAGCCAUGUGAUCAGAGAGUCGGGGGGCUGUGAGCAACAGGUCGUUGGGGUUGGGGCAGAGAGCAAGGGGAGGGGGCGGGGCCGGGUCACGCCUGCCUGCCUUCAAGAGUUGGGGCUCUAUUCUCAGAAUUGAGGAGCUUUUUGAAGGGUUUUGAGAAGGAAUGACAUGACUAGAUUUGUGUUUGAAGAGACCACCAAAGGAUGGAUUGGCUGUCGAGGUGUGGUUGUGGGGAAAUCAGUCAUUAGGCUGCCAGGGGGAUGGGCAGUGGGGUUGUAGCAGUAGAAAUGCAGAGAAAUGGAAUCAUUCAUCCAACACGUGAGCACUUCCUGCGUGCUAGUUAGGGAGAUGGCAUAGAAACAGUCUCUGCUCUCCCAGAGUUACAGCCUGGUGUGCAGAGACAAUAAACAAUAAGAAAUAAACAAGACAUGUCAGAUGAUGGCAAAUGCAGUGGAAAAAAGGCAGGGGGAGAGGUUAAAGGGGGGAGCGUGAUUUUACAGAGGGUGGUCAGGGAAGGCCUCUGAUAACAUGAGCAGGAGCAGAGACCCAAACUAUGGAGAAGAUGAGCCACAUUGAUGUCUGGGAGCUGGAUUUCAGGGAGAGGGAACAGUACUGGCAAGGUCCAGGGGGUUCAAGCAAGAGCAAGGAGCAGAGUGGCCACAGCAGAGGAUGGACGGAGGUGAGGGCAGCUUGGGCCUGCAGACCGUGGUGAGGACUUGGGGCAGAUACGUUCUCUGAGAGAGAGAAGUGACAGAACUCAUGGACUGCGGGAAGGAGGGAGAGCUGACUCCUGGUUUCUCUGACUUCGUACAUGAAGUGCCACUGGGGUGGGAAAGAGACAGUAUUCUGGUUGGGGGUGGGCUGAGUUUGAAGCGCCAACAGUAGAGAUCACAAGCAAGCUGUCAGAAGUCGGCAGAGUGGGGAGAAAAUUGCUGUAGAGGGAGAGUCACGACAGAUGCUAGUGGCUAGCUGGGCAUCGAAGGAGGGAGGUGAGCAGAGGGGCGGGGCCGGGCCAACAUCCACAUGGCCCAGCCCUCCGGCGUCACAUAGGGGACAGGGGCUCUGCAAGGGACACGGAAUCUGCAUCCAACAGGAUAGAAAACCCGUCGAGUGUGUGUCACAGAAGCGGAUAGAAGAGCGUUUCGCCAAAGAAGUGGGCAAGAACGUCCACUGCUGUCGAGAGGGUUGAAGUCUGUGAUGCCACUGAGCAGAGUGAGGGCAGUUGGAAGCCAGAUUGGAUUACUUUGAGGAGUAGGUGUCAAGAGAGGAAGAACUUAGAUUCUUGUUCCUUCUUCACAACACCAGAAUAGGUGUUGUGAUCCCUGUGUCACAGAUGAGGAAACCACGGGUCGGAGCGGGUGGGUAGUUGGCCGAGAUCACACAGCCAGUAACUGGCAGAGCCAGGACUGAAACUUGGGGUGUUCUCUGACUUCGCGGCACUCGAUCACAACGUCAUGGGCAGCCCAAUGUCUCCUGCUUUGCCCCUGACAUUUACCCAGCACCUACCCAAUUGAAUAACCUGUUGACAGAGCAUUCUGAAAUUGUCCAUGGGGAGGGAGGACAGCAGGAAGUCAUGGCGCUCUAUGGAGAGAAAGGUCAUACCAUCCCAAGCCUGAAAAAUAGCUGCUAAUAGUUUUGAGUGAGCCAGCCCUGCUUCUUGGAUCCUGCGUGAGGCGUGGUAGGUCCUGUUCUUUCCCAGCUCCUGCUUCAGGCAGGGUCGUGCCAGCUCAGAGGGCUGCUCAGCCGGCAGCAUGCGCCCAGUGGUUUUAGGAAUCCUGGGGACAUUCUCAUCACACGAUCCCCAGCUGUGCAGCAAAGGACAUACUCCUCACUCGGUAGUGAGCUGUGUAGGCAAGGUGGGCAUGCUUUGGGUUGCUGGGGAGGCCUGUCCACACCCCACAACCCUCCUUAGGCCCAAACCUGGGAUGCUCGCACCCCCUUGCUCCAUCCCGCACACACACGAACUUUUCUCUCCAUUAAGGCUGUCCCUACGUGAUGCAGAGCAGGGUCGGGUCCAAGCCAACAAAUCCAAAGGCACGUGGUUUGGGAGCCUCUGCUCUCCAGCACUUGUGGUUAAGUUGUGAGCAGGCAUCGGGGGGGCACUGUGCGAGCUCCCCAUGUUAGAGGAGGAUGUGGGCGCCUCGAGAGCAGUCAUUGCCAAGGCCUGAGACCAGAGAGUAGCAGAACGAGGACAGGGUCCAGGUCUUCCGACCCCUAAUUUAGUGCUCUUCCAGUUAAAACGCAGUGACUGUUCUUGAAAAGAUUGAUCUCUGCAGUACUUUUUUCAUUGAGGAAAUACCUUCCCCUGAUGUCAAAAUAAUUCUUGUUCAUCCUAAUGGUAAAGUCCCUUUAUUCCCUACUUCUUUCCUCCACCCCUGGAUAAAGCCACUUUUCCCCCCCCAAAGAUAAAGUCACUUUUAACAGUUUGGUGCAUAGAUUACUGAAUUUGAAUGCUACUGCUUGCUCUAGGGCAAAGGUGCUAUGAAAAUGUUGCUGGACACCUUAAACCUGGAGGCAGGUUUAACUGCGGUGCCUACAGCUGCUGAACCAAACAUCAGAAGGUGUAGGAGAUUAAGGAUCUUUUAUCCUGGGCGCCUGGGUGGCUCAGUCGUUAAGUGUCUGCCUUCAGCUCAGGUCAUGAUUCUGGGGUCCUGGGAUCGAGCCCC